UUUGUUGUUAGUUGUGAUGACAUGAAAGAAGAAAUUGUUCAUCUCACUAAGAGCACUUACGAGAUCUUCCGUGAUGAGCAUAAUGAUAAUAAUCUGUGGAGUUCAUUCAAGGAGCUACUGCGAAAACUUGAUUCUGUGCCAACAAAUUUGCACGGCUGGUGGCGUCUGCCCGCAUUUUUUUCCACCUUCAGUUCAAAGGAAGCAGCUAGGGAAUUCUUUCGUACAAGAUAUGACGUAAAUAUUGAUUUGAUCGAGGAGUGCAAGGAUCUGAACGAGUUACAGCAACACCUAAUUGACAAGUUAAAAUGCCAAUCAGCGGACGAGAUAUCUUUUGUAAAGCAACGAAGCCUUCAACAUUUUCUUAUCAAGAAUGUGCAUCAUUGGAGUCAACUUGGUGAAUUUAACUUGAACCCAAUUGACAUUUUGGAGACCGGCUCAUUCGAUACAUUGUCACAUAUGGCGAGUCUUUUGGAGAAGCACGACCAAAAGUUGCCCGAUGAGAGCUUGAUUGACUUCUUCUUAGAGCAGUUAAAUAAAUAUAACAGACGUUUACUAAACCCUGGAAGAAUAUUAAGUUAUAUAUCCAAAUAUCAGGAGCCAAGUAAAACGGUAAUACUCGUUCAAAAAUUGAUUUCCAAUAGUAGAAGUGGCUGGGAUCUGGGAAACAUACUAUAUAACACCGAUUAUGUAUUACAAUCAACUUUAAUCAAUGGCUUACUUUUUUUCGAGCAUCCGACAGGAGUAAAACGCAUCGAGAGUGCAUAUCUAAACAGUUUAUCGACCUGGAAUACAGUAGAACAUAUUAAACAGAGCAAUUUUAUAACGUACGUGAGUAAAAUGAAAACAGGGCAAAUCGAGCUAUUUGACGAAAUGCUUGAUAUCAUCUCGAAUAUAAGUCAAAGAGAAAUUGCUCAAAAUUCAAAAGACCACCGAGUACAAAUUCGUUUUAUCCGAGCAAUUUUGAAUCUUGAACGCUUUGGUGAAACGAUACCUGCAUAUUGGAAUGACAAGCUCUGGAUAGCCUUGUUAAACCCGAGGAACCUUAUGAAUAUCAAAUUGCUUUACGAAUGUCUGGUGGCCAAGCUUGUGCCAAGAUUCGAAAUGCUACAGGAACAGCUGAUGAUGCUUGGUACUCUUCAGCCCGAUCAACAGGAGUCAGUCAUAUCUGUUGCUCACAUUUAUUGCAUAUGCAAAUGGAAUACAUUAAAAACGGAGCAAUUGCAAAGUGUAUUUGAGUUGCUUUGGCUACACGUUGCUUCUGUAAAUUUCCGGACAAUGUUGUUCAGCCAGCUAGUUCUGCGCAGACUGGCUGAUAAAUGUGAGAAGAGCAGUAUGGAAGUCCCUUUGGUUAGCGGUACAAAGGCUAAUCUGGCAUUGUUAAUUGAUGACAAGAACUUAGAUUUUCAGACAGAUGCGCGCCUGUUGCUACCAAAAAUAAUAGAGAAUUUUAAUGUAGCAGAUGCAAUUCUUUAUAUCACAAAUGCUCCAUUUGAUGAAUUCGAAAAUCCAAAAUGGUUAUUUUCACAAUAUGAAAUGGAGGAUCUUGACAAGUUACGCAGCGCAUUUAAGUCUAAAAGUCUUGAAAUUUAAAGUUCGUACAUUUUGUCUUUAAUUUUAAAAAUAUGUAUUAAUCAAUUGUAAUUACAC